AUGGCUGCCUUUGGAUUCUCUGUCGGCGAUGUGAUCUCCGGCUUGCGGGUCAUCUACGUGUCAUGCGAGGCGCUGCGAGACGCUUCCUCCGCUCACCGCGAGUACACUGCCCUGCGAAGCGAGGUUGAAUCGCUCCUCCACGCCCUCGAGUCGAUCGCCGAUCUGGCCCUGGAAGAGAACGGCACAGAAAAGCAACGCAGCGCCAUCAAGGCCUCCGUGGCGUCGUGCAAGGCGUGUAUCGAUGACUUUCUGGCCAGCGCGGCGAAGUACGAGCCUCAUCUGCGGCAAGGCGGCGUAAAGCACGGCUGGGCGGCGGGCUACAGGCGGAUCAAGUGGGCACUAUGCAAGAAAGAGGACGUUAUGCAGUUUCGCGCCCAGUUGGAAUGUCAUUCGUCGUGCAUCAACAUGCUGCUUAUUACCUUCCAGGCCCAGAGCCAAAUGGCCGCCAACAGGCAUGUGGCAGUGCGUACAGAGGAAGAUAUCAUGACUGCUUUGCUGCAGGGACUAUCUGUAGAGCAGAGACAGUGCUUUAGGCUUCUGAUGUCUCAAAAUCACCAGUUGCAAAGACGCUUGGAUGAUGUGCGUCAGCUCUUACAUCUCCAAGGUGCAAUCCCUCCACAGGUCAUACUCCAACGGCCAGUCAUUUUGCUCGAUGCUUUUGGCAAGGUGGCGCCGUUCCACCUCGAUUUCAUUGACUCGCUUGAUGCAUUUGUGGCCGUGCUCAAAAUUAGAUCAGAGCAGGCAGGCGUUCAGGAUGGUGGCCUGCAAAAGCUAGACAAGAAGGAAUUUUGUAUACGAGACACGCCUAGGAGGCGGAACCUCGACCUAAGCCGCCCAUGGGCUACCGUGUUUCGACCUGGUCAGAACGUGGAUAUGAGCAUGGUCUUCAGGAGGCGCCUGGCUCCGACUACAUGCCCCGACUGUUGCUGUCAGAAUGCCCCAUGUGAAGAGGAUGGUGAAGUUGAAUGGUAUGAAAUGCUCGCCUGCCCUGUUUCCCGGCGAAGUAUCAAUUCUAACAUCCCAGUAGUGACUUCUGCGGACUGUGGUAUCAUCACGUUCGAGAACAAUCAGAAGUAA